AUGUCCUGGAAGCUUGGAAAGAAGUUCAAGGAUGGUGCCAACUUGGGCGCUCGUACACCGCUCGACCGUUCGGCUACUCCGACGCCAGCCAAUCCCGGCACCGAUGCCAGCGCUUCUUCCUCGUCAUCCAACCUGCUCGCUUCGUCCGAUGGCGCUCCUAUCCCUCGCUCAGGUCUCUUGACCAUCCGCGUCAUCAGCGCGCGCGGUCUCUCGCUGCCAGCUGGUAUGCAGACACCUCCCGCCGUCGCACGCGCUUUGGCACAACACAAUCCGAACACCUCGUCACUCGCACAGUCGUUUGGCGCUGGCGCCAAUCGUGAAAACAGGCAGAGCAUGCAGCGCAAACAGUGCUGGUGGCUUCCCUAUCUCGUGCUCGAAUUCGACAAGAACGAAAUUCUCAUUGAUGCCAUUGGCGGCGACAUCCAGGGCCCCACAUGGAUGUUUCGUGCCCACUUUGACGUCUCGCGUAUCUCGGAGAUCAGCUUGCAAACCUACCUCCGAACUGGCGACCGUACCACUCAUCCGCCCGAGGCGAACCGCGACGGUCAGGGAGACGAUGUGAUGGGCGUCAGCGACAUCUACCUCGGCGGCGUCAAGUUUGUGCCCGAUUUCGAGAACCAGAGAACCUCGGAUGCUUCCUAUCCGCUCACCGGUGGCAACGGUCAGAUUCACGUCCAAGUCUCGUACAGAAGCGAUUCGCGCAGCUCGCUCAACAUGGACGCCUUUGAACUGCUCAAGGUGAUCGGCAAGGGAAGCUUUGGUAAGGUGAUGCAGGUGCGCAAGCGCGACACGUCGCGCAUCUAUGCGCUCAAGACCAUCCGCAAGGCUCACAUUGUGUCGCGCUCCGAGGUGACGCAUACACUGGCCGAGCGAACCGUGCUCGCCCAAGUCAACAACCCGUUCAUCGUGCCACUCAAAUUCUCAUUUCAGAGCCCAGACAAGCUCUACCUCGUGCUAGCCUUUAUCAAUGGCGGCGAGCUCUUCCACCACCUUCAGCGCGAAGGCCGCUUCAACGAGGAGCGCUCUCGUUUCUACGCCGCCGAGCUGCUGUGCGCACUCGAACACCUGCACGGCUUCAACGUUGUCUACCGCGACCUGAAGCCCGAGAACAUCCUGCUCGACUACACCGGCCACAUUGCGCUCUGCGACUUUGGUCUCUGCAAACUCAACAUGGGCGACCAGGAAACCACCAACACGUUCUGUGGCACACCCGAGUACCUCUCACCCGAACUACUGCUCGGACAGGGCUACACCAAAGCCGUCGAUUGGUGGACGCUGGGCGUACUGCUCUACGAAAUGCUUACCGGUCUCCCGCCGUUCUACUCGGAAGACGUCAACGAAAUGUACCGCAAGAUCCUGCAGGAUCCGUUGCGAUUCGGAGACGAAGUCUCGCCCGAUGCCAGACAUCUGCUCACGCUGUUGCUCAACCGCGAUCCCGCACAGCGUCUCGGUUCCGGAUCGCACGGAGCGGCGGAUAUCAAGGCACAUCCUUUUUUCGCAAAACACAUUGACUGGAAGUUGCUGCUCGCCAAAAAAAUCCCGCCGCCGUUCAAGCCGAGCGUCGCAUCCGCCAUCGAUACCAGCAACUUUGACCCCGAGUUCACCAACGAACCGCCCAUGGAUAGUGUCGUGGACGAUAGCCUCAUGCUGUCCGCCACCGUACAGGAGCAGUUUGUUGGGUUUUCGUACAAUGCUCCCAAUGCGCUUGGUGCAGGCGAGAGCUUGAGAGACUAG